CAGGGAAACGGGGUAGAAAUAGCAGAAGUGGCUGUUUUCCCUUUGAGUGAAAAAAGUUGUGACAAUGAAGUACUUUAUAAAUAACAGUAAUUAAAAGCUUUCUAUGUAAAGGGCAGAUUCCCCCCCGGAUCCUUGUGCCUAGGUGUCCCCAGUUUAUUCCCUAGCCUAAGGACAAUGAUAAGUGGGAUACAGACAUCUCCACCAAUGGGGCAGACACCCUGGGGGUCACUGCUUUAGCUGAAGUUCUCCGGGCUUUGGGCAUUAAAUGGUCCAGGUUCAAUCCCUGGGGAAGACCUGAGCUCUGUCUGUGGCCCCUGUGAGCACAUGGGACACGCCCACUUUCUGGUCUCAGUCUCCUCCCUUUCCACAUAUCCCAAUGCUGGUCCCAGCAAGGGCACCAGAACCUGUCUCCAUUCCGGGCCCCAGUGGCUCCCCACAUCCCAUCUCUCUAGGUCCAUGGAGCGCACUGGGCUGUAGGCAGGUGACAUCUCAGAUGAUAAAGCUCAGAUGCAGGUUUUCUGGAGUUUGGGGGUUUCUGGGAUUGGGAAUUGGACCCAUGUCUCACCCUUCCUGCUUUCCCCAGCAGGGAGGAUGGGCCAUUUCAGAAGCCAGAGCCGGGGUUUGCGGAGCUGGAGAAGAGACUCAGCGAUUUCUCUCUGAAAAGUGCCAUCCUGCAGGAGGUGGUGCUGGGAUUCAAAGAGACUCUGCGGCUGGAGCUGGAGCACCACACAGCAGGUGAUGGGGCAGUGAGUGAGAACGAGGAGGAGAUUCCACAACAGGGAGAUACUCAGCACAUGGAACCACCCCGGAUGUUAUCAGAAAGAUCUGAAAAGACUAUUCACUGGAGUCGUGAGCAGAGAAAAGGUCAUGAGAGUCAGCACUGGCCAGAGAAGCAGCAGGGGAAACAGCCAGGGGAUUGCCGGGGAAGUGGCAAGGGUCUCCAGGAAACCACAACCCAGCAGAGAAUCCCCCCAGGAGAGAGAAAAAACACCUGCAGUGAGUGUGGGAAAACCUUCAGUAGCUGCUCAGCUCUUAUUACACAUCAGAGAAUCCACUUUGGCAAGACACCCUAUAGAUGCUGCGAGUGCGGGAAAAGCUUCAAUCGGAACUCGCACCUUAGUAGACAUCUGAGGCUCCACACAGGACUGAGACCCUUUAAAUGCUCCGAGUGCGGGAAGAGUUUCAGUGUGAGCUCAAACCUCAUUGCACAUCAGACAAUCCACACAGGAAACAGGCCCUUUACGUGCUCUGAGUGCGGGAAAAGCUUCAAUCGGAACUCAAACCUCAUUACACAUUUUAGAAUCCACACGGGAAGCAGACCGUUCACAUGUGCUGACUGUGGGAAAAGCUUCACUGACAGCUCAAACCUUACUCAGCAUCAGAGAACCCACGUAGGGGAGAGACCCUAUAGAUGCUCAGAGUGCGGGAAAAGCUUCACUCGGAGCUCAGACCUUAUCAGACACGAGACAAUCCACACAGGAGACAGACCUUUUAAAUGCUCCAAGUGCGGGAAAAGUUUCAAUCAGAACUCACACCUUAUUACCCAUCAAAGAAUCCACAAGGGAGAGUAACCCCGUAAAUAGCUUGGCUAGGGCUGGCCGGAGUUUGGGGUUUUUUUAUAAUACAUUUGCUAUUUCCCACAUAGUGACCUUCAAAGCUGUUUGCACCAUUUGCUUCACUCUGGUCCCUCAGCUCCCCCAGCUGAGUUGCCUGCUUUUGCCGCUCACCCUUCUUUGGGGUGAAGCCCAUCGUCCAUUCUCUCAAUUCUUUGAUAUCCUGUAAGUCAUGGGAGCGUGUGCCCCUCCUGACAGGAAUGUCUGGCAGUCCCAGAUAGGGAGAUGGGGUGACCUCAGCUAGCUACACUGAGGUAAAAUCUACCUGGACCGUGUCUCCACUCGGGUUUUCCAUGGAGUUAGCAAGCUUGAGUUACGAUCUUGAUUUAAAUGCUAAGCUAUUUUUGCAGUAAAGACGUAGCCCUGGGAAAGUGGUUGGGGUUAGCUAGCACUUUUCUCCUUAAGCUGACCAAACCCGCAUCACUCUUCCUAGUUCAAACAACCCUAAGGAUCGCAUUUAUAUUUACUCCUGCGGGAAUUCUGUGCUGAAAAAAUAAAAAUUCUGCACACAAUAUUUUAACAUUCUGCCAAUGUUAUCUGUCAAAAUAACACUACAUAAUCAUGCCCGUUUCAGUUA